GGACAGCUCCAGGGAUCCUCUUGCGUUGGAGAAUCCAGAUGUUGAUCGUUGUAACAUGAUUUGCACAUGCGCUUGUCUUUACCACAUGACCCUUUAGUAGCGAUCAGAUCAGAUAACCUGCAGACAGGUAACACUAACAGGUGUACUAGUAAUUGCUCAGGAAGAGAGGAGGGUUCUGACCGCUAAAGUCCUCUCCCAAUUUGAAUCUGAAAUACCAAUUAAAUAGUACUAACGUUGGUACAUAAAAUCAGUUGUGGUGUUCCUGUUUUCUCAGUUUCUGGCUCGAUUGACAGCCUAGCCUCACAGCAGCAUACAGAGAUUCCUGUCGGCUGCUGUCGAUUUGUGCGAGUCUUUUGUAGUUUCGUGUUUUUGCUGAAUUUUCUAAGUGCAAUAUUCACCGCCCGUAGCGCGCUAUGCGCUAACGAGCGAAGCGCUGAGUGCAGUAAGGUCUAAGGACUAGGCACCGACCGUAACGCGCCGCAGGAGAUCAUCACCCGCGGUGACUGGUAUCGUCGCUAGCAUCGAGCAAGCAAAAGAGCGUUUGGACUGGCGGUCGCGGGGCCAUCAUCGCCAACUCCGCUUUCCUUCCGCACAAGAGGCAGAGGUGUUGACCAGGGUAGAGGUAGCUCUAGCUGUGAAACCAGUACUGUCUUUGCAUACCCGUAACCGUCCACUUGAACGUCGGUGUGUGGAGCACAGAACCUGGCUGGAGCAUUGGGAUAACCUUGCGCUCCGUUCAGGCUGAAGAUUUAAUCUGAAUCAUGGAAGAUGUCGCUGGUCUUGUUGAUCGGCUAGUUGAAGCAGAAUACCCAGGGAUAAUCCCGAUUGCGACGAAAUCAACUGAUAUCGGCGAAGAGCCCGAGCCAGUGUUGAACCUGAGCUGGAAGGCGCACGCCGAGAGUAGCCUCCGACAUUUACAUGAAAUGUAUUUCACUGGUAGUCUGUGUGACGUGGAAAUACAAGUCGCGUCCAGACGCGUACCUUGUCAUCGCGUCGUGCUGGCCGCCUCUUCACCCUAUUUUCGCGCCAUGUUCACUAGCAAGAUGCAGGAGUCGACAGCGCCAGCGGUUGAGCUUCACGACGUGUGCGACCAGUGCGUGAAAGCAUUGAUAGACUUUGCCUACACUGGGCUGAUACAAAUCACGCGCAGCAACGUGGAGGAUCUAAUGUAUGCGUCGUCAAUGCUGCAAGUUCAACCUGUCUUGGAGGGUUGUGGUGGCUUUCUACGCCGUAUACUAGACACCAGCAACUGUGCUGUGUUUCUAUCGCUAGCGGAUAGUUAUGGUUCAGAUGUCUUACGCCGCGCUGCCGAACAGCACUUCCUGGAGCAUUUCGAGGACGUGUCCAAAACGGAGGACUUCAUGAAGCUGCCCCUGUCCAUAAUGUGCCGCUUGCUCUCAAGCGAUCUGCUGUGUGUGCAUCGUGAAGAAGAUGUAUUCACAGUAAUGAUGCAAUGGUGCCAGUAUAGUGAGAAUGUGGUGGACACCAGCGUGACGACACGGGAUAAUCGUCGCAUUGAGCUAGCCACCACCACACCCACCACCACCACCACAACAACAACAAGGGCGACAGCAACCCGUGCAUUGUCACUGCAAGACAUACACCAAGCUCACACCGCCGCGCCACAGUCCCCAUCGUAUCUACCACACUCCCCAUGGUCACUGUGUAACAGUGCAAUGACGUCACCGUGCGAGCAAACAGAGCAUGGCGGAGACGGAACGCGACCUUCCACGCGGCACGACUCUCUACCUCAACUGCUCCGCGCGCUGCGCUGGCCCUUGCUCGAGCCUAGCUUCCUUGUCGACAUCGUGCAGAGUGAAGAGUUGAUCAUGCGCAGUGCGAAAUGCCGCCAGUUACUCACUGCCGCCAAGGACUACCACCUGAUGCGAGCGGUGGGAUACCCGGCCAAUAUGGGGUGCGGUGUAGAGAUGACGUAUUCGUGCACGACGGCCGACUGGAUGACCAGCAGGCCGAGAGCAUGCUACAUGCCCUGCAUCUACGCGGCGGGUGGUCGUGGUGGUGAUCGCCAAGUUUCGGCUCUCCUGCCCUGGAAAAACAUGGAGCGGUACGACUUCCGCAAGGAUGCGUGGAAAGAGGUGAGCAGUAUGUGCACGGCCAGAAGACACGUAGCUCUCUGUACGGCAGGUCCCGGUCUGCUCUAUGCCGUCGGCGGACAUGAUGGUGCUGAGCACCUCACCUCUGUCGAAGUCUACGACCCCAAGAAGGACAAGUGGUCGAUGUUGCAGCCAAUCAAUGUGGCGCGUCGUGGCCACGCGCUGGUGUCAGCCGGGCCGAACGGUCCGCUGUAUGUUAUAGGUGGCAUCAACAGCAGUGGCGCCCUAGCGGCCGUGGAGCGGUACAACAUAGCGCAGAACAAGUGGCACACGGUGGCGCCCAUGCUGCAGUCGCGCGGCGGCUGUGGAGCGGCCGUCCUCAACAACACGCUGUACGUGGCCGGCGGCAACUCCGGUGCGGCGUCCUCCACGCGAUCGCUGGAGGCGUACGACAUGCUGAACGAUUCCUGGCGACCGCGCUCAGCCAUGAGUGACUACCGCGCUGGCUUUGGCAUGGCAACGGUGGAGGGCAAGAUCAUUGUCGCAGGCGGUUUUGAAGAAGAGUACCCGCUGGCCACCGUGGAAGUCUACCAGCCGCGCAGCGACACCUGGACUACCAUAGCGCCGCUGUCCGUCCCCCGCGGUGGCGUGUCCAUCGUUGCCUACUCGGGUUUCGUGUUCGCCAUUGGCGGCCACGACGGCACCAACUACUUGAGCUCGGUGGAGGUGCUGGGUGACUUGCCCGAGCAGCUGCCGGAGAUGGACGAGAAGUGCACGGACGGCGAGAUGAUCACCGAGUCGGAACUAGGCUCCGAGUGGCCCCUUGUCGUGCCCGGCCAAGCGACCGGCAGCGGCAGCGGUGGCGGUGGUGGUGGAUCCAUUCUGAACUGCUCGUGGCAAUGGCUGCACGACAUGCAGUACCAGCGCGCCGGGCCCGGGGUGGCGUGUGUUGGACGCGACUCAGCCUAUGCGCAGCAUCUCUUCCGCCCACGAUGACACGACGAUGACGUCACGUGGAGAACACACGCAUACUUCGCUGAAGUGAUGAUAGCGAACAAGCUAUGUUGGACAUAGCAACUUGUGCGGGGAUUGCGCCAUUCAACAGCUUGCAGGGCUGAUGAACACACACACACACACACACACACACACACACACACACACACACACACACACACACACACACACACACAUAGUACCAAUAUAAGAACCGUACGCCGUGUGUGUUAUUCACAUUAUACUUUAUAGGCCGUUACGCCCAGUGCAGCGUCAACGUUUGGCAUCUUGACCAUACCAGAGUAUUCAAACGCUCAGUUCCAGGAUGGAGUGUUGCGAUCUUAUCAUGCUAGUAACACAUGAAUGUGGCGAUCUAGCCAUGAAACAAAUUCCCUAGAUCAGGUCCAUUGUACCACUACACCCUGGUUGAACUCAGAGAAGGUAUAUUUUCUUUUUGUACUAAAAAUUAUCCUAUGCUCCUAACUUCAUAAAAUUAUCCUAUUCUAUAUAUUUCUAGAAGUCCACUCCUACCCUGGCAGAUUCUAUUUUGUUAUCUAGUAGCGUGCUCGCUAUGUUUUUCAGUGACCGGCCGAAACCCACUAGCCAGGUCCCAGAGGCCACUGCUUCGUCCGCUUCAGCUGUUUAUAUCGUACACUCUGAUAAGCAGGCGGAGUAGCCAUUCUAGCCUGCAGCCCGCAUUCUCAGCCUCGGCUGGGCUGUGUGCACACUGUCCAGUAAGAUCAUUGUGAACCGUCCAGCAAUGAAACAACACACAUGGAAUCGAGUUAUGAAGCACCUAUCCACGACUGUAGCAAGGUAAUAAGCAGUCAGAAAGUGCGAUAACAGAGCACAAAACUGACAUGCUGCUGAGACAUUCAACGACUUGAGACUUAGCUCUCACACAUUUCUUUAAUUAUUUCCUAAUUAUAUUUAUUGGCUCAGCAUCCGAGUUAAAUCCAUAAGUAAAGUUAUGAUUAUGUGGAUAUCAAUAGCAUAUUGUGCAAAGUCAUUAUAUUAUAAAUGUACGUUCACAGUUCAUCACUGGUUUGUUGACUCUUACAGUAAAAAUUAUAAUCUCCCGUUGACGACUAUCCACCUGCCAUUUUUCUAGUAUUUUGUGCAUGGCAAUACUAGCCAUUUCCAAAUGUUUUUUUAGAUAUCACGCUCCUUGCAAUGCUCCUUGCAAUGAA